AUGCACAUUAGAUUAAAAGACAUUGACAUAACAAAUUAAACUAUACCCAAUAAACUUUGCACUUUAUAAAAUACCCGUACUGAAUAUAAAUAUUAUUGCGGCUCUGAUAAUGAAUACUAUGCUGUAAUUUAAGGCAGAUCAUGUUCGGAAUUUUUCGCUCCAAGAAAAACGCCAUAGAAGCCUUUAAUAAGUCCUUCAUUAUUAAAAGACUAAACAUAUGCCUGUUUAUGUUCUGAAGUUACCGUGAAAUGCACAAAAAAAGACAAUUGCUACGAUUAUUGCCCUUAGGAUUUAAAAUUCGAGAAAUAUAUCAUAAACAAUACGCCAUAAGAUUAUCUUUACCCGAAAGAAGACGGUUAUUUCGAAAUUACAUAAACUUAUUGUAAUUGCGGUGGAAGAAUUUCCUAAGUAACAGGUGAUUCCCCUUAAUUAGGUUAUAUAGAAUAUAUAUAUAAUUAUUGUCUUUGCGACGGAAAAAUAAUAUCUGUAGACCCUAUUUUGGGUGAAUUACCUAAAUGCUGUACUUCAGGUAUUUAGAAAGAAACUUAAUACUAUUGUAAUUGUGGAGGAAACUAAUAAAAAGUCGAAAAAGGAACAUCAUGUCUUCAAAAUUGUCCCAAAGACUAACCUGCAGCUCAAGUUUUUGUCAAACCGAUAUAAAAUGUAUAUUGUAUAAGUUUUUGUCCAACUUCUUAGCCUGCUAAACAUCCUUAUGUGGCACCUGAAUAUGAUCUUUAUGGUAAUGAUUAUACUUGCACAUGUGGCGACGUAAUGAGGAGUGUAUCUUAGAAUACUAACUGCUAUGAUCUAUGUUCUAAAAGUUUAGUAUUUACUCCCUAAAUUUUGGAUGAAGAAAAUCCUACUGUAGAAAACACAAAUAUCGGAUAUCAUGUUUAAAUAAAAAACUACUGUAUUCUAAAUAGUGGGGAGAAAUAAGAUGUUACCGAAUAUAUGAUUUUAGCCCCUGAAUGUGAAGGCAAAGUAUUUUCGGAAACAACAUGA